AUGGAUUCCAACAGCAUUGGAUCAUCAGAGAGACUAAUGAACAUAGCUCAACAGUUUCGACUCUUCAACACCAAUUACAACCCCAUUGAAGACCCAACAAUCAAAGACAGUGCAAGCAAGGCUGUUCCUCAUGAGCUUACUACAAAUUCAGAAUCUGCAACAAACCCACUUGAAAGAAUCAGAUCCAAGAGAGCUGCAGUUCUGAUCUGCCUCUUUGAAUAUGAAAGAAGAGAUCUCAGAGUCAUUCUUACCAAGAGGCCUUCAACACUGUCCACUAAUUCAGGGAAUGUGUCCUUGCCAGGUGGAAAGACAGAUGAAGGGGAUGCCAAUCAUGUUGAGACAGCACUGAGGGAAGCCAAGAAAGAGAUUGGCCUGGACCCUUCACAUGUCAUUGUUGUCACAGUUUUACAACCCCUGCUCUCCCCUGUGUCAAAGCCUUUUCAAAGGGCUACUUUCUACUUCAAGGAGGCUGUUCAGUUGUCUCUCAUUCCCAACCCAGUAGUCACUCCUCGGACUCCUACUCCUUUCGAUGGUAUCUUCAAAAUGGGUGCUUACAAAUUGCUCUCUGAAGUCUCUCCCUUGAUCCAAUUCAUGAAUUUCACUUCCAACCAAGCCUUGCUCGACGCUCUCGACGACGACACUCGUCGCGUCCACGUGAUUGCUUUCGAUAUCGGAUUCGGUGCUCAGUGGGCUUCUUUUAUGCAGGAGCUUCCGGGGAAGUGUAGCAGAGGUCCUCCUUCUUUGACAAUCACUGCCUUUGCUUCGCCUUUUACUCAAAUCGAAUGGCCCUAA